UAAUCCUCCUCAAUUCACACUCCAAUCGGUGGGUAGCGGUAAUGCACCCCUUGUUUUACAACCACCCUUAAACGGCACCAAAGAAGGAGAGUAAUAGCGCCGUUCUAAAGCGCGCUUUACAGCAGAUAAAACAGCUCACGACUGUGUGGUUGCAAGAAGUACCACAGACUUUCCCAGCUUUCUCCUUGGAGCCUUUGUAAAUUUUCAGCUUUAAGCUGUUCUUGUGCCGUUCACCACUAAGUAAUUGCACACCCUUUGUGCGGCAAUGUACCAGAAGAACCCCUCUGACGGUGCUCAUAAAGGCUUUGCUGUGGGCCGGGGGCUCCUGGCUGCUGCCGAGACUCUUAAUUUCAGCAUGAAUGAUCAGCGCCCCCUCUAUGGCACCUCUUCCCGGCCCUCUUACGGCAUGUCCUCAGGUCUGGGCAGUGGGGUCAGCAAGAACCGCGACUCCCAGCUGCCCCCUCGUGGAAGUGGCCAUGUGACCAACACUAUGAAACUCUUUGACAGCCUGGGACUCUCUCCCACUGACAUUGAUGCACUGGCCCAAAUCCCUGAAGAAAAUAUCGGUAUAGAGACUUUGCCACAGCUUAUCAUGCAACUGAAGAACCGCAAGAUGGAGGCCAAUCGGCGCAUGAGUGGCAGCUCCAGGGACCUGCCCCCCAUCUCUCCUGAGCACUCGUACAGAUCAUCUCGUGAUGACUGGGAGGAUAUGCCGGCUGGCCGCAUGGGCUCUUCCGGUGGGCAAGUCUCGGCCCGUGGCCAGCAAAUGGACUAUGGCUAUGGUUCCAUGCAGGAGGGCCCAUCUCGAGGCUACAAACGUAUAGACUAUGGCGAGAACAGCAGUGGUGGGAUGAGCAGAGACCGCCCAUAUUCAGAGCUUUCCCGUGACCGCUACGGCGGCCUUGGGAUGGGUCCCUCCCCGGCAUCUGACAGUGGCUUUCUGCAGAAAAGGAUGGGCUCUCCCUCCCAAGGCAAAGUGCAGGACUUCUUGGGAGUCAUGCCUCAUAUGUUCCCACAUGUGUGCUCUCUUUGUGAUUUUGAUGUGCAUUCAACGAUGGAGUGGACCCAACACAGUAAUGGAGUACGCCACAUGGAAAACCGUAGGCUCCUGCUACAAAUGUAUCCAGACUGGGAUCCUCACAUGGCUGCAAGCAGAACGUCUGGGGCACUCCUACUGGAUAGCACUAACCGCUCUGCUGGAAUCCUGGGCCCUGCACCCAUGGGACUACCAAGAGGGGGGAUGAGCUCCAACUGGGGUGCUGGUAUGUCAAACCAAAAGCAGCCAUUUUCAGUGACACCAAAGGUCAGAAGCAGAGUUGUAGUGGCAAAGUAUCAAAGGAAACCUCUCACACUGAACAGCUUACUAGUUCUGGCCCAACCAUUUGGAACUGUUUGCCAACAUCUGGUUCUUAACAACAAGGCUUUCUUGGAGAUGGAAACUCAUGAAGAGGCAUUGGCUAUGGCAAAUUUCUACCAGAGGAAACCAGCAGUGAUGCAUGGAAAAGAAAUCACUAUCUAUUUAUCACAGGAACUUAUAACAAUUGAGAAAGGCAACAGAGAUGGUAAAGGCAGGCAAAGUCAGGUGGUUUUCUUUUCCAACCUGCCAAGAGAGAGAGAGAAGAAAUCAGAGCUUCUGACUGUUGCUCGCCGUUUUGGAAAUGUGGAGAAAUACCUGUUUUUAAACGACGAGGCAUUUGUACAGCUUGGAACCCCAGAGGAUGCUGAGAUGAUGGUGAAGUAUUACACUCUACAUCCUCUCACUAUCAAAGGCAGGGACAUCCGGCUGAACAUCUGUGAAAAGUACAAGACUUUAAUAGUGAAUCCCUCCAGACAGAUUCCAGGGAAAGAGAGAGAGGACACAAACAGAAAGAGCAGCACCACUAGCAGGAAAGGAUCUCCAAAAAAACAGAGAUCUGAGUCCACCGGUGAGAGGAGCUCCAAAAGCAAGCCGGAGAGCGCUACGAAAGAGGAGGAUCCAGCAGCUGGGGACAGCGCAGUGCUUGAGGAAUGCUCUGGAGAAGAGAUAUCUGGUGUGGUUGAAGCUGAUGAAGGGGACUAUGAUGAAGCUGCUGAAACACAAGAAGCAGAACAGGCUGAGAUCCAAGAUGAGGCCAUGAUUGAACCAGAAGAGUCCUCCACCCAGCAAGAGGAGCCUGUUCCUGAUCUCGAUGAGACUCAAGACACUGUGGAAGAGACCUGUGAAGUUCCUCCCACAGCGGGGUCUAAGGAAGCCAUCGCAGAGGGGCCCCCAUCACAGGCUGAGACCGCACAGGCUGAAGGUGAAAUCCCUGCAGAAGAGGUGGGAACACAGGAAAACUUGCCCUCUACGGAGCCAACUGAAAGCACAGAAAUCCCUAAUGAGGAGCCAGAGCAGGACCAGAAUAUGCCUAUGGAGCAGGAUUUCCCAGAGAACAUGGAAGAUUUUGUGACAGUGGAUGAGGUGGCAGAGGAAGAAGAUGCCGAUAGACUUGAACUCCAGUCAAAAUCUGGGGACUCGUAUUCAGGAAAUACAAAGAACGAUGGGGCAGAAACUUUUUUCCAGGGACGGAAGGUUGUUAAUGUUGUGGGAUUUAGACGGGGCCACAGCUUUCUUCAAGAAAUCCUUAACCUUGCCAAACCUUUUGGAAAGGUGGUUCGACAUCUAGUACUUGAUGCCAGACCUGAGGCUUUUUUGGAACUGUCCUCUGAAGAGGAGGCUAGAUCGAUGGUGGCAUUCUACAAUGCAAAUAUUACACCAGAAGUGUGUGGAAGACCUGUGAAAAUACACCAUUCACAAGCUUAUUCAACAAUCCAGAGUGGACGAGUGCUUUAUAUUGGACAGAUUCCGCCAUUCAAAGGUUCCGAUGGCUCGUUCUUGAAAAUUGCUGAGCCUUUUGGAAAAGUGCGACGCUAUUUCCUCAAUCGGUCUCGUAAUGAGUGUUUCAUUGAAAUGGAAAGUAGAGAAGGCACUGAGCGAAUGGCUAAUGCCUACAGGGAGAACCCACCAAAGUUUGAAGGCAAACAGUUGACUGUUUAUGUGAGCCGAAAAUACAAACAGCUAAAAUAUGGGCUCAGGCCACCCUCUCCAGAGCCUGAGGAGGAGAGACCACCCAAGAGGGAGCACAGUGGUGCUGAGGAAGACUCUACGGCCAAAAACAAGGUUGGGAAGGAGGAAGAACCUCCAACUAAGAAGGUCUGCGUCAGGGAAGAGAAGACCACCCCAGCAGAGCCCAGCAGCAGCAUUAAUGAGGAGGAGAAGGCAGCCUCAGAGGAACCCAACAGCAAUGGGGAGCAGCAGCAAGAAGAGGAGGAGAAGGGGACGUCUGAGACACCUUGUGAACAGGAAGAGUUGGUGCUGAAGACAGAAAAUGAAAACGUCACAAUCAGCCAGCCCUCCGACAGUGUGGAUACCCAAAAGAAGGACACAGACGGGGAUUGUGGAAGCGAAGCAGCAGGAACGCCCCCCUGCGGCGGAGCGAGUGAGAAGAGCUGUGGGAGCAAGGGGACGCCCAGCACCAAGCCACAGGCUGAGAAGAAACCAGCGCCCACCUCUCUCCCUCUGGGGCCCUACCAGCCCAACAACCCUGUGGGUGUGGAAUAUGUAAAGAUGGGCUACUACUGCAAAGUUUGCUUCCUGUUCUACUCUAAGGAAGAAACUGCGAAAAAGGUUCAUUGCAGCAGCCUGUCUCACUAUCACAAACUGAAGAAACAUUUGGAGAAAGAAAAGGAGAAAGCAAAGGAGAAGGUCAAACCUCAGUGACAUUUUACUUUUUUUAAAAUCAGAUGUUCAGCAUGAUGAAACUGUUUAAUUCCAGUGUUGUUGCACAUGCUGUUAUAGUAGUCCUCUUUCUUUGAUAUAUAAUGAGCACAGGUAAUGUUUGUCCCUGUUGACCAAGAAUGCUCAUCCAAUGAGGCAAUGCUCAGAAUGUGGAGUACUUUUUUGUAAUGCUUCAUUGCCUUUAUUGUUUUUUACAUUUUAUAAUGGGAUUAGUUAUUGCCCACAGCUGGACUAUUUUUAUAUGUUUGAUUAUGUAAAGGACUUGUGAUUUUUAAGAUCUUAUUAAAAUAUUGAUUUGCAUGAAAAUGCAGCAUUUACCUCA